GUCAUUUUCAGUUCCAAUGCCCUCAGAGGCCCAAAUAAACAGUAAGGACUAUGGAAUCAAAAACAGUGGUAUAGUCAUCACCCCUUGGAUCCAGGCUGUAAAUGGGGAGAUAAAUGGAGAGCAAGAGAACCGAGUGCAGAAGGGAAAUGGAUAUUUUCAAGUGCCGCCUCACACACCUGUGAUCUUUGGUGAAGCUGGAGGUCGCACACUGUUCAGGCUGCUCUGCCGAGAUUCCGGGGGUGAGACUGAAUCGAUGCUUCUUAAUGAGACAGUGCCACAAUGGGUAAUUGACAUCACUGUGGAUAAAAAUAUGCCCAAAUUCAACAAAAUUCCUUUCUACCUCCAACCUCAUGCAUCUUCAGGAGCAAAAACCUUAAAAAAAGAUAGACUCUCCGCUAGUGACAUGCUCCAAGUCCGGAAAGUUAUGGAACAUGUUUAUGAGAAAAUUAUCAACUUGGAUAAUGAGUCUCAAACCACUAGCUCUUCUAAUAAUGAAAAACCAGGAGAACAGGAAAAAGAAGAAGAUAUUGCUGUGUUGGCAGAGGAGAAAAUUGAACUUUUGUGCCAGGACCAGGUUUUGGAUCCAAAUAUGGACCUUCGAACAGUGAAACACUUCAUAUGGAAGAGUGGUGGUGACCUCACCCUCCAUUACCGUCAGAAGUCCACGUGAAGGGUGGGCUAAUGCUCCUGGGUAUUCAUUUACUACCUUCCUCUAAGGCCCCAAGAGUAGUCCUAGGAAGCUCACUGAGCCCCAAUGGGAGCAAGACUUCUAAUGGCCGUUUGGUAUGGACCGAGAUUAUCUUUCAGUUGAAGUGACUAAUUGAAAUGUAAUAUAGAACCAGUCUCCAUGUGUAGAUUAAGCUGUCCCCAGGGAAGAGCGUGAGAAAGCAGAAGAGCCCUGAGCAGACUAUGUCUCGCGAGAUGUACAGAGAACUGACAACAGGCCAGUGCAGACUUUGCUUCCUCCUUUUGUUUCAAAGGACCUUAUCUUUGCUAGCACUUGUUAGAGACACAUCGGUCGGACCACAUCUGUCACUGUGUUUCGACUUCAAACCCACACUCUAGCUUUUCUAAGAGAGUACAUUCCAUUAUGCAGUAGAUAAGGCAUUUUCCAAGUUGUCAUUAAAAAAAUCUAAUUGUUUUCACCAUUUAAGACAGUUAUUUUUAAUGGGAAUUUGCUGUUGCACAAUUUGAGAACCAGCCCAUUUCAUAAAUAAAUGAUUAAUAUUGGGCUUGUUUUUGAUACUGCAUCUCAGAUGUGUUCUUACAGGAAGAUCUGUUGGAAUUCUAGGUGCUGGAUUACAGCGCUUGGACUGCUGGGCCAGAGUUUGCACAGCCCGUGCCUAGCGAUGCUGCACCUUCCCAUCAUGCCCUGGCUGUGUGGCAGUCCAGGCAGUGAGCUGUUUCACUCCUUCGUCCACUGUGUCCAGUUCUAUUUAUGGGCAAGGCCAGCUGAGACCACAGGCUUUUGCUCUGAGUAAACAACAUGACACCAUCAAAACUUAAGACCAUGAUGGAAUUUUAAUUUCAUUCAAAUGUUACCUAAAAUGUAUGGUGUCAGAGUCAAGGGAUAUCAUAGUGAGUUAAUUUGAUAUUCAUAUCCUGGAAGUAUACAUAUUUGUUUUUCCUAGUUUUAUAUGUAGGCUUUUGAUGUACUUGUGUUCAGAUCUUCUUUUCACUGUUCUAACAAUCUCAAGCUUUCACAGAAUCAUGGAUCUUGUACAGAAUAUAACUUAUUGGGGAUAAACACUUCAACUUUUGGCAGGAAAUACUUUGGAGUCUCCCCAAGGUCAUUUGUAUUCAGAGUAGAUCAGUGGUCCACCCCCAUAAAAACUACAUAAGACAAGCCUCCUGUACGAAGCCAGAAGCACAAGUGCCUUCAGAGGGCAGUUUAUUCCAGUCCAGUUGCCUCCCCAGCUUGUGUGUGGCCUGUCCCCACAACAGCAGGGACUGGGGAGGGUGGUAGGGAAGGUUUUUUCUUUUCUACAUCUUCACAGGUUUAGCUGGGGGCAACUGAUGGGCCUAGGUCCACACCUUACUAUUUGAGAUACUCUGAUCCGCACAACUGCAAACACAGGGUUCCCUCACUGCUAGUCAGCUUCCUUUGGAAAGUGGACAGGCCAUUGCCUUCUGCACUUUGGAGAAGUGAGCAAAGACGUGGCCACAUUUCCAGUAAGCUGAAAUGGUCUUUCUCCCUUCCUCAGAGAGCAACCAGCUUCUUUUUUUUAAGAGUCCUUUCUAUCUAUCUGUUGGAUACAACAGUGCGCUUUUGGUGCACAUUUUUUAGCAAUAGUUGUGAAUGAAUGGUAAAAACAACAAAACAAAACUCACUUGUCAGCCCUCAGUUGUGUUUGCACGAGGGGCCUUGAGCUGAAGAAAGGGUUUCACUGGGUCGUUUGCCCUGUGUGCUGAGCCUUGGGUGGCUGCACUCCCUUCCUGUCACAGAUCUGCCGCCCAGCAUGACUGUACUUUUUGCCCCCUCCAGUCAGUCAAACCAGUAAUACCGUUUCCAGAAAAUCUGACAGUCUGCAAUGCCAAAAGGGUACAAAUCUGUAUUUCACGUUGUAUAGAAUAAAGGCUUUAGUUAAAAUA